AUGUGCUACUACAUGCCCAAUAAACCCCCAUGCACCUGCACCUACCUCCAGCUAAUCCAGCCCUGCCCACAAGUCCGCGUCUUCGCUGUCCCGCGAAGCCCCACGCCCCUGAUCCAAGUCUGUCCUAUCCGGUACAUCGCACGCGGCGUCGGACAGCGCUUCUGCGCCCUGUGCAGCCGGACUGCGGAUUUUGGCGGUAGUACCUCGACCGCCGCGGUUGGGCUGGUGGGAUACCCAGAACAGCAGGGAUUUGGGGGCUCGCAGUUGGAACCAUCAUCUAAACAAUCGCAGCAGCAGGCUACGCCUAUUGAUCCGUGUCUUGUUGGGGGAGGGAUUUCGAUUGGGGAUUUGUUGCUCCCGAUGGGGGAGGAGAGUACGGGGGAGUUGGGGACUGCUGGGGAUGCGGAGAGGAGGGAUGAGGAGGAACCGAGCGUGCAGGGCUCUUGUUCUUCGGAGUUAUCGAUACAGUCGUUGCUGGUGCAGGAUGAGGCGGGAGGAGGGUUGGUUGAGGAUGCGGUCUCGGGUGCGCAGGUUGCUGAAGUGCCAACGGUUCAGGCUGCGCCUGUGGUGGAGGAAGAAGAAUCAAAGAAGGGAAACGAGGAAGUGAGAGAUAAUCAAAAGGAGGAUAAGAGAGAUCAUGCCAAAGAGGUUGGAGGGACUGAUCUCGAGAGAGGGGCUCCUGUCCAGGGGAUGCAGAUAGUUCUUGACCUGGAUGAGAAGUCUUCUGAAAGCAGACGAGUUAACUGGUAA